AUGGACAACAGCGGGCAUAACCUGCUCCUGCGCUUUAUUGACUCGCAGCACUUUACCCUCUUCCUCUGCAUCUCAUAUCUCGCCCGCUAUGCCGAUAACAUUGGCAUCCAUUUUCAUUUAUGUCAAAAGCUGCGGACCUUCUCUUAUCUAGAGAUUGAAUUCUUUUUGCCGCAGCUUUGCCAGAUCAUCUUGACCGUGCCGACCGAGUCGGUCGCUCUCGAGGACUUCCUCCUUGAGAUGUGCAAUCGCAGCACUCACAGCGCCGUCCAGACGUUCUGGCUUCUGCAAGCUCACCUGGAAGAUCUCUCGCACGACCCGGAGGCUCGGUCGUUCCAGAUCUGUAGACGUGUCUACAAUCGCGUCCAGUAUAUCCUCUUUGGUAUCGGCGAGCCUCCUCAGCAAAAGAUAGUAUCGAAUCCAAUCCCGACAUUGAUGCUCGCCAGUGCCGUCAUGGGUGCUAUUGCCGUUCCAGGAGUCACGCGGUUUGUUGGUCCGAUCACAAUCGCUCAAGCGCGUAAACCCAGAUUGCGCGUUUUCCAUCUGGCAAUCACGAAGAAAUCGCGACGGAAGUCCGCUUCGCCCCAAGAAAAGUCCGCGGAUGCAACCGCCGAUACGCGUCCUCAGCUGACUAGAAUCGAGACGGAUAACGUCCGACAUAACGUUGAGGAUGUCGACGACGACGAAAAAGACGGCUCUGCGCCAUAUCCUGCAAACGGCGAUGCUGACGACGACGAAGCAUACUACGGCGGCAGCGUUGCUGACAUGCACCCUUCUGCUGCUCUUUAUGGACUAGAUGCUGCCGGUAUCUCAUCGCUUCCAGAUCUUCGCCAGCCGAAAUUCAGCGAGAAACCUGCGCCACAUCCUUCGUCAUCCUCGACUUCGGUCGCAACGCAUGGUACGUUUCGGCCAAAGGCAAAGGCGGGAAACCACGUGCAUCCCUUCAUGCCAUCCACUCUCACUUUGUCUGCCAAAAUCCGCUUGCUCAAGUCAAACUAUUUCCGAUAUGAGACAGCAUUUGCCUACGCCUUGCAGGCAAUCUCGACGCGUCUUCGAUUGGUUCCUAAGCCGGCUAGACUCUCUGCCCUUCGUGCCGAAAUCACUCUGCUGAACAACGAGCUACCAGCUGAAGUUGAUAUUCCGAUGAUUCUUGAGACUGAUACCUAUCGCGCGACACCUCGGCAGCACAAGAUUGUACGAAUUUCGCCUACCGAGGCUACUGUACUCAACUCUGCUGAGCGAGUUCCGUUUCUUCUCAUUAUCGAGGUACUGAGGAACGAGGUCACAUUUGAUCCAGACACCGACAGGAACCAAGAUAUUCUCAACAAUCCAGCUGAUUAUCGCAGUCUGUUUGAUUUCGCCUAUUCUCAUAAGUCGCCAAGUCAUCUGAAUCUCGCAGUUGACACAAACCUUCCUCCUCCACCGAGGGAAAAGUUGACAGAGACUGAGCUUGGAGAUAUCUCUGUUGCCGCCCUCGCUGAUAUCUCAGAUGAUCAAGGGAACGACUACUCUCUGCCCAGCGUUCCAACAACCCCUGUGCCAUCUGUCGGUCGCAAGGACUCGAGCUCUUCUUCUCCUCGCUCGAACGAUCUCUCUUUUGCGUCUUCUUACCCAGUUACUCGUGCUUCGUCGAUCCCAGUACCCAAGAAUACCUCAGAGCUCAACGACAUUGCCGUUCACAUGCGCACCGCUGCUACAAUGCUUGCCCAGCUUGAUCUAGCCCAGGGACAGAGCCAGGCUCACCAAAUCCGAUUACCGAAAGACGAAAUCCAGCAGAUUAAGCAGCGCAUUAUCCAGUCGAUGCAGGUUCUGGAGGAACAGUCUACAUUUGAGGAUGUCGAGACCGGAGAGUACCUUCAGGGUCCGAGAUUGAGUACUAGCAGCAUCCGCAGUCACAGCAGUAUUCGAGGACCCCCUGGAGUGAAUAAAGAAGCAGGAGAGCGACGAAUGGAAAACGAUUUGAAAACUGGUGUGAUCAAGAGUGAUGAGACCGAGGUCGGCUUUGGCGAGGAGUGGGAAGCGAAAAAGAAGCGUAUUCGAGCAAUGUCUCCUUAUGGACACCUACCCAAUUGGGACCUUGUUUCUGUAAUUGCAAAGACAGGCUCUGAUCUGCGACAGGAAGCUUUUGCUUGUCAGAUUAUUCAAGCAAUUAAAAGGAUAUGGGAGGAUGAUGAUGUCGAUAUCUGGGUCAGACGAAUGGCGAUCUUGGUCACUGGUGCUGGAUCUGGUUUGGUCGAAACUAUCACCAAUGGUGUCAGUUUACACUCGUUGAAGAAGGCGCUUGCAACCUCUAUGCUCGGUCAGUCAGAGACGCCUCAUAAAGGGAACAAGGUUGCUUCAUUGUCAGAGUAUUUCUUCAGAGUUUUUGGAAACCGUGGAUCCGAUAGAUUCAAGAAAGCUCAAUCAGCAUUCAUGAAAUCGCUUGCUGGCUACUCUUUGAUUUGUUACUUGCUGCAGAUCAAAGAUCGACACAACGGAAACAUUCUUCUCGAUACCGAAGGUCACAUAGUCCAUAUCGAUUUCGGCUUUCUGCUUUCUAAUACUCCUGGAAGCGUCGGCUUUGAAGCUGCUCCGUUCAAGCUUACCAAUGAGUACGUUGAUCUCAUGGAUGGUCCAAAUUCCGAGACGUUUGAGACUUUCCGCGCGUUGAUGAAAAUCGCGUUCAAGUCUCUGCGCAAGAAAGCGGACGAUAUUGUUCUUCUUGUUGAGAUGAUGCAGAAGGAGUCGCCACUUCCUUGUUUCCAGAACGGAGAAGCUACGGCAUCUCUGCUGCGUCAACGUUUCCAUUUGCAGCUUUCAGAUUCUGACGUCGAUGCCUUUGUUGAUAAUCAACUGAUCAACAAGAGUAUGGGCAGUAUCUACACCAGGCUUUACGAUCAGUACCAGCUCGUUACCCAGGGAAUCUAUAGUUAG